GCAUGUUUACUGGUUCCACUGUAUUCACUUUCUCUUGGAGUGCCUAAUCCUUUGGCUUUCAACAGCUUGGCCCUCGUACCUGGAUUACCAUAUUCGCAACUAGAGCGGUGAUGUACAAUAGAUAUGUCAUAUGAAUUAGGAUACUUGCGUCACAAUCAGUAACAAUGUCAGGCCAAGCAACAUCCCCAAUUACAGCUUGCGUAGCCGGGCCCCAAUCGAAAUGUUAUGAAGACGGAAUCUUUUUGCCUUUCUUCCAACAUGAUUCUGGCUACUGGCAAGGAUGGGCUGCCGCCUAUUUUCUCAUGUUGAUAUGGUUUUUCCUCGGGAUUGCCAUGUUGACCGACACCUUCAUGUCGGCCAUUGAAGCGAUCACGAGCGCGAAGCGCACCAUCCGUAUACACAGCCACAAGAAGAAAAACAAAUAUAAAACCAUGGAAGUGAAAUUCUGGAACGAAACUGUGGCAACGUUACUUCUCGGGGCCAACUGUCCUGUCAUCAUGAUUGGCAUCGUUGAGUUAGUUGGAAGUGAAUUCAAAGCUGGAUUUAUCAACCCCGGGACAGUUCUGGGGUCGUCUGCUUUCAACUUAUUUUUCGUCAGCGCCAUUUGUAUCAGCCUCGUUCCCAACUUGGACACAAAGAGGAUACGACAGUUUGACGUUUUUUGGGUCGCCAUCUUUUUUUCGCUAUGGGCUUUUGUCUGGGCUAUUCUGGUUGUCAUGGUUGUGACCCCUGAUUACGUUGACCUUUGGGAGGCCAUAUUGACACUGAUUAUGUUCACGGUGUUUGUUCUCAUCGCCUUUAUUGUUGACAAGGAAUAUUUCAAGGAGAGGACAGACGUUGAGAAAUGGGCACUUUUGGAUCAGGAUUGUGCGGGUCUAACUGUGGAUGAAAGUGGUAAUGUCGACUCAGAGGCUGUCCGGAGAUUCCUCAAGGAACUAGGCCGACAACCCAAGAUAUCAGAGGAGGACAUGGCAAAACUAGCCACAACCUUCGCAGUGGAAAACAAAUCACACAGUCACUUCUGGUACCGUGUCCAGGCGUCCCGGAAUAUAGGGGGCGCUCCUGACCUAUCGCCACUGCUAAAUGAUACACUGCUGAAGUUUUAUACAAAAGUAAAGAACAGGUGCGCUGAGAUGGGGUCCAUGGGUUCCAUGACGUCAGAUGUCUUCGACCUUGACAGCACCGAUGACGGCGACUUAGCUGUAAUAGAAUUUGCCGCCACCAGUGUCGCUGUGGUAGAGAUGGAUAAGCGGGUGCACAUCAGUGUGAAGCGAUACGGCAGAACGGAUAACCGGGUCAUUUUUAAGUUCGAGACGUUUGACGGGACAGCAGAGGCUGGUAACGAUUACGUGGAGAAGAAGGAGACUGUGGUAUUUGAGCGAGAAGAGACGCACAAGAUCAUCGACAUAGACAUCGUGGACGACAACGAAUCGGAACCGAACGAGAUCUUCUUCGCUAAGGUCUCCAUAGAUCCUGAGGCCAGUGACGGGACGGCGAUUCUUGGACGUCACUCUGUUUGCCAGAUCAUCAUUAUCGAUGAUGAUGCUGCCGGUGUCCUUGAAAUCGAGAAACCGAGCUACCUCUUCAAAGAAAGUGCACGAAAGGCCAGCAUCCCCGUUGCAAGGCGAAACGGAGCAGACGGUAAAGUCGGCAUAAAAUGGCGGACUGUUGACAUCACUGCUAUUUCCGGUCGAGAUUUUCUUGGCGGAAGUGGCGACUUGGUAUUUGAGCAUGGAGAGGUGAUGAAGAUGAUUGAAAUUCCCAUAGUGGAUUCACAGGACCCAGACAGAGAAGACAACUUUAAAGUUGCAAUAUCUGCACCAACAGGCGGCGCCACCCUGGGAGCAAGUAACUGCACUAUUGUGUCACUUGUCAGAGAUGACGAGUUUGACAGCUUGGUGAGCCGGCUGGUCGCCUCCACGAAUGUCCAAGUGGACGACCACAGGCCGCACGCGGCAAACUGGGCCGACCAAUUCAAGCGGGCGAUGGACGUCGGCGGGGACGUUAGGAAUGCUAACGGACUGGACUACACGUUACACUUCUUUACAUUUGGCUGGAAGGUUCUGUUUGCCUUCCUUCCACCGCCCUCUAUCGGCAAUGGCUGGUUGACCUUCACCUUUAGUUUGACCUUGAUAGGCGUGCUCAGCGUGUUCGUCGUUGACCUUGCCAAGAUAUUCGGGUGUUUGGCGGGAUGUCGUGACACCGUGACCGCUAUUACACUCAUUGCCGUAGGCAUUGGCUUGAGUGACCUCGUUGCCUGUUGCAGAUCUGCCAGACGCGAGAGAUUUGCUGACGCAGCACUUAUCGGCAUCACGGCGAACUGCGGCAUAAAUGUCUUCCUUGGCUUGGGAAUACCUUGGUUUGUUGGUGCCAUCUAUUGGAGCACAAAGGGUUCUGCCUACAUGGUUCCAGCGCUAACCUUCGACAUAGGCUACAUUAUCUUUGUGGUGUUUACAGUUUUCUGGACGGCUGCCAUGGUAAUGAGGAGAUUCAUUCCCGCCUUCGGGAGUGGAGAGCUCGGCGGAAAGGUCAUCCCGAAGUCACUGAGUACUGUCUUCCUGUUGGUUCUCUGGCUUGUUUUUGUACUUCUGACGUCACUUGGAGCUUACAAAUACAUAGCGAGCCCAGUGUAGGAAAAAAAACAUUACUUUGCAUUACCUUGAGCAAGUUAGUUUAAAUACACGUUGCACAGAGUUGUUCCCAUAUCCUCUCGAUGACCUACUCUAAGCGAUGACCACGUGUUUUAUAGCGAUCGGCUAAAGUAGAACAUGUAGAAAGUGUGAAGAGAGAAACAAGUAGGAAAAAAGUACAGAAAAACGCGGAACUUCAGACAAUCUGAAAACCUCUACCUUACUUUCAGCAGUCCCCGAUAUGUAGCAGCUAAAUUUGCUUCGCAGCUUCAAAAUUGGCACAAUCAGAUCAUCCUCCAGCAAAAGGUUUUCAGAAAAAAUCCUGCUGAACACUCUACCUCUCAUAGAACGCAAAAAGUUUCCUUAAAUUUAAUGACGUCAUUAAUACGAGAGCCAAUCAGUCGCCUGAAGUAGGGUUGUACGAUAAUUCCCAUCUCGUGAUCGGUACGAACCUUGUAUUCACUAUUUAGCCGGUUUGGGCCCGUCUGCUACAGAGGCUUAUUGUAAGUAAGAUAAGCCCCUUGUACAGUCGCCCCUAAACCAGUAAAAUUGCGUCGACGUCGUUUAUAACAAUGGUACGAAAAGCAAAUUACUGAAUCCAACGCGCAAGAAAACGAUGGGUACAAUAUAAUUGGAACCAUUUAGAGACAGUGAUUUUCACAGAUUUUAGAUUUUCACACUCUGUUUCGAUUUUGUUCUCUGGGGUUGAAUUUAUCAUUGAUGAAAAUGAAAUUCGCACAUCAAACUUUCAACAUCCAUACAAUGUAUACAUCUUUGACGCAUUCCAGGGCUGGGUUGUUCAAAAGGACACAAUUCACGUUAUCCCUAACGGUCACGUUAAGUAUACUUAUAGACGUUAUCUCUUUCAGUUAAACCCAUUAAAAUGUUCACGUUAAGACUUAACAUUUCAGUUAAACCUAACGUUGUUUUGAACAACUCAGCCCAGGGCUUUGACUUAACUAUACUAACUAGUACAUCAAAUUGAAGUAACGACAUAUAAUUUUUUAUAUAUAAUUUAUAAUUUAUAAUUUAUUCAAACUGAUACAUAGGCCACCGGCCCUUUACAGCAUAAUAAACAAUGUAACCGGCAUGAUAUAUACAAUAAUGAUGCAAUACAUGUAUUUCAUAGAUAAGUACUGACAUAGGCUAUUUUAUUAGAGUAAACUAGGCAUCCCGCCUUCGUUUCUUAGCUUUUAAUAGGAACAUAGAUAUAUUGCGUAAGACGUCAUAGCGUU